AUGUCUACGUACUCCGAUAUCAUUGACGGGGGCGAUUUUGUUGACUCGGAUGAUGAAUUUGAAGUCGAAGAAGUUUCCGAAAACCCCCAACGCUACCUCGAGGGGCUUUACUACCCUAUUUGUAUUGGCGAAACCUUGGCUGAUCGGUAUCGAAUCGAACACAAGCUGGGCCAUGGAGGCUUCUCAACUGUCUGGAUGGCAUAUGAUAUGCUGGCGAAAAAAGAUGUGGCGCUUAAGAUUAUGACGCCUGAAGAGUCAAAUGAGCAUGAAUACAAGAUGCAAACAGAGAUCGCCAGAAGCAUCCACCACAACUCUCAUCUCAUACUCUAUGAGAACACAUUUCUUCUCCGUGGAUCAAGCGUUGAUCACAGAGUUCUCGUCUUGCCUUUACAAAGUCCCAAUCUUCGAGAUCAUCUCCGUCAGAAGCCAGUGGCAGUCCGGAUGUCAGCUGCAAAGCAACUCUUGCAAGCCAUCAGCCAUCUACAUGAUAGCGGGAUCGUUCAUAGAGGUCAGCCAAGUCAUUUCACCGCUGCUGGAGGAUACUUCUUUCAAGGCACUUAUGGAGGUUUACGAAGUGUAGAGCCCUUCAAGCUCGUAUUUGACGUACUAAAAGACAUCUUCCAUAGUAUAUGCGCAUAA